UUCGUAUAUUGGACUUUCACCAUAAAUGACCCUAUAAGACAUCUAUUUGGACUUUGUGGUCGUUUUGAUAUAGUUUAUGUAUUUCUUAAACCUUUUGACCUUACACUAGAGAAGAAGGUUAAAAUAUGAGGAAUGUGUCAUGAUAUUGUAAUUGCUCUGCUUUUUGAUGGUUAGACAUUUAGAUAAACAUUGAAAUAAAGCUCUUAAAAACCUGUUCCUGCCAAGAAAGGGGACAAUAACAAUAAGAGACCACUCAUAUAUGAACAAUCUGAAUUCAACAUUAAAAUAAAGGAAGUAAAAAGCAGUAGUUAAACUGGUCCAAUCAUCAUCCCUUUGUUUUCAGGGUCCUGGUAAAAACCACUCUUUCAUUUUAGCUAACAUGAUACGUGGGGUGGGGCCGAUGUGUGUAUGUGUGUGUGUGUGUGUGGGAGGAGGAGGUGGCUGGGCAGGGACCGCAGCAGGAGGAGCAACAGGUUUCUGUCCGCGGGGAUUUAAUGCAGAACAUCAACUCCGAGAGGAUCCGAAGAAGAGCCAAUGAAAGGUGCCAAAACCUGAUGCUGCAGCCGUUUUCUGGUAAGACAGACACAUACAACCAACAUGGCGUCAGACCCACCCAUCAGACCCACGUCAGACCCACCCAUUCUAACAGAGCAGCAGGAGCUGCAGAGAAGAGCCAAUCAGGUCACAGAUGAGUCCCUGGAGAGCACAAGGCGAAUGAUGCAGCUGGUUGAAGAGAGUAAAGAUGCUGGAAUCAGAGCUGUGGUUAUGCUGGAUGAACAAGGAGAGCAGUUGGAGCGUAUUGAGGAAGGCAUGGACUCCAUCGACAGGGACAUGAGGGAGGCAGAGAAGAACCUGACAGACAUGGCCCACUGCUGUGGUCUUUGUAUCUGGCCAAUCAGGAAACUAAAAGCCUUUGAGGAAAGUGGGGCGUACAAGGCAGUUUGGGGUGGAGGCUCCGGUCAGGAUGGCGUUGUGUCCAACCAGCCUCCUUCGUCUCGAGUCGUUGAUGAAAGGGAGCAAAUGACCAUGAGCGGAGGACACAUACGGAGGGUGACUAACGAUGCUAGGGAGGACGAGAUGGAGGAGAACCUGACUCAUGUCGGAAGCAUCAUCGGGAAUCUGAAAAGCAUGGCCCUGGACAUGAGCAACGAGAUGGACAUGCAGAACAACCAGAUUGAUCGCAUUCAGGGCAAGGCUAUUCUAAAUGUGUCACGCAUCGAUGCUGCCAACCAGAAAGCGAACAACCUCAUAAAACGAUAGAAGUAGCACUCUUCCAUGCCACUCUUUUUUUAAACGCAUUUAUCUUAGUAGCAUUACUAUGUUCUGCAUGCUGUGCCAAAGUGUUGCUGCUGCCGUUAAUACAGGCCCUUUUUUAAAGUAGAGUUUCCUUCCUGUAAUGUUAUUGCUGUGAUUUCACUAUAGGGAUUUACAUUCUCUUAGUAGCAAUAUCUCAAUUAUCUCUUGUGUUUUUUAUUUAUUCUCAUAAUAUUCUAGUAUGCAGCCAUAGUUUCACAGCAAGCCCUUUGUCGUUACAUUCCCCCCCGAGGAGGCUUCUGCGGUCACUUGGCAGAGAAUAAGGAAGCUUUAAUGAUCCCUGUGGGGAAACUGGGUCACUGCAGCACAAUGAAGACCAAAUCAGAAAUAGUUUCACAAAAUGUGAACGUGUGGAUAACAGCAGCGAAGAGCAGCCCCUUGGCCCGGGGUGUGCAUUUUCAACCAAAGAGUUUCCUUUUACUUCUUACAGGUCAGAUAAUUAUAAAAUAAGAAAAGCUGUAUGUGUGCAGGAUAAAAAAAAAUACUAUCAACAACCAGCCCCUUCCCAAAUGCAAACACCAUUGUAAAACACACCACUCCCCCCUUCCUCUAGUCUAAAAUGUCCCAUACAUUAUGAAACACGUUCAUGUUGGCGCCCUCUGCAGGUGCAGUCAGGUAUUGCCCAGAGGAAGGAAACACGCAUUUGUCAUCAGACAAAGACCUAUAGCGACACCAAGCGGACAUACUUGGAACCUGCUCCACUUCCUGACCUCUCCAUCUUCUCUCUUCUCAUGUUGAUGUAAAAUGGUGGUGAAAAAUGACGAUGAAUUGGUGUUGUCUUUUAAUGGCAUCUCAUCAAGCUUUGCUGACACAUUCCAAACAACUCUGUAAAAUAAAUGGAAUAUAUGUGUGCAUGCUUUUCAUAUAGCCAAUAAACAUAUUUUGAUUUA